AUGCUAUCGACUACUGCUCUUUGCUUUUCGCCCGUCAUGUCGAUGCUGCUGUUGCUGCUGCUGAGCUUCCACGCAGCGGUCGUUGACGCGGCGGACGCUGCCAGUGACACGGUCAAGUCCCUCUUUGACUCGGCAGAAGGCAUUGAAAUCGGCGGCAGCGUGUUGGCUAUUGCUGCAAUUGCCGUCGGAGCGGUCAUGAUCGCUGCCGGCUACCGCUUCUUCCGCGCGACGCUCUUUGCCAUUGGCUUUAUCUGCGGCGGCGUUGGCCUCGCGAUUGCCAUUGAACACAUUUUCGACAGUGAGUCGUGGGUCAUUACGGCGUCGUGGGUCGCUUUUGCCGCAGGCGGCCUCGUCUGCGGCAUCCUCGUCAUGGCGCUCUACUCGCUCGGCAUCUUUGUCGCUGGCGCUGCCGGCGGCGUCGUCCUCGCAAUGCUAAUCCACAACUCGGUGGGCCACAGGAUCUACUCGAGCCACCCGCAAGUGGUGCUCAUUGUGCUGUGCGUCGUGCUCGGUCUCUUGUGUGGCGCGCUGGCGCUCAAGCUCGAGAAGCCCGUGCUGAUCACUGCCACGAGUCUCUUUGGCGCUGCCGUUCUCGUGUGGGGCGUGGGGUACUUUGCCGGCGACUUCCCAUCGGCCAACGACCUCAAGCAGUACGCCACACAGGACGUUAACGGCGACUGGGUCUACUCGAUCCCAGACGCGUGGUGGGCCUACCUCGCUGCGAUCCUCGUGCUUUUCGUGCUGGGUCUGUUUAUCCAGUUCCGCAAGACUGGACGCGGGGCUGCGCACCACAGUGCACGGGCCAUCAAACGUCGCCCAGAGGGCGCGCACUACGUCGAGGCGAGCUCCCCGCAGCCGCAAAGCGUGCGCUUUGGCAACCCGGCCAGCCACGUAUAA